GCGUUUUGUUUCUCUGUUUGCCUGUUGUUCGUUGUUCAUUGUUCAUUCUGCUUUCAACCGUCAUCCGUCGCGCAUCCGCCACUGAAACCCCCCGAAACAACAACAAGAAUAAAGAUUUUAACACGUCGGGAUGGUCGGUGCGCGCUAGGAAACUCUGAAAAUAAAAUAAAAGCAGUGAAUAACAUGUAGGCCGUGCACCGACAAAGUCGAAAACAGUGUCAAAUUGCGAAUUAUUUUUUGAGCGGCUCUGACAGCUGCAUUUUUGUUUUUCCAACGUAGAAAUAAAUUUUAUUUACGACAUUUACGCAAACGAAAACAAACGCAAGUCCGCGACAAGCAGCAAGUGAAAGUGCGACAAUGAUUCUGGAGGGGGAUAAUCCGGAGGUGGCCAUGCUCAACGUGUGCCAGGCAAUGCGCGUGGGUCAAAUGAGAUGGCGCUUCACCCACCGGCGUGCUCUGGCAGCCGCCAAUCUUUUGCGCAAGGAGAAGCGUCACUGCGAUGGCAGCUUCGUGAGCCGCGACCACUUCUUCAGGCACAGUCGCGGUUUCCUUUGGUUCGUGAUUUGCAACCUGCUAGUCUCUGGCAGCACCGGUGGGGCGGAGGCGCAGCUGCUGAUCAACGUCCAGAAUCAGGGUGGCGAGGUGAUCCAGGAGAGCAUUACCUCCAACAUUGGCGAGGAUCUGAUAACACUCGAGUUCCAGAAGACAGACGGAACCCUCAUCACCCAAGUGAUAGACUUCCGCAAUGAGGUUCAAAUCCUCAAGGCCCUGGUGCUUGGAGAGGAGGAGCGUGGCCAGAGCCAGUACCAGGUCAUGUGCUUUGCCACCAAGUUCAACAAGGGGGACUUCAUCUCCUCGGCCGCCAUGGCCAAGCUGCGACAAAAGAACCCCCACACUAUCCGCACUCCGGAGGAGGACAAGGGCCGGGAGACCUACACGAUGAGCAGCUGGGUGCAGCUGAACCGAUCCCUGCCCAUUACGAGGCACUUGCAGACCAUCUGCGCCGAGGCCAUGGACGCAACCUAUGUGCGGGAUGUCGAUCUGAAGUCCUGGGCAGAGUUGCCAGGCUCGUCGAUCUCCAGCCUGGAGGCGGCCACCGAGAAAUUCCCGGACACGCUCUCCACGCGCUGCAACGAAGUGAGCAGCCUGUGGGCGCCCUGCCUGUGCACCCUGGAGACCUGCAUUGGCUGGUAUCCCUGCGGACUGAAAUACUGCAAGGGAAAAGGGGCCGUCGCGGACUCGUCCGGGGCCCAGCAGCAGCAGGCGACGAAUUAUCGCUGCGGCAUCAAGACCUGCCGCAAGUGUACACAGUUCACCUAUUAUGUCCGACAGAAACAACAGUGCCUCUGGGAUGAAUGACGGCGCGGCGAGCUGCAGCUGGUGCAGAUGCAGAUGCGCUGUGCCAGGCGGCGGAGCGACACGGAUGCGAUGGAUGCCUGCGAUGCGGCACUCGGGAUGCAGAUGGGAGUGGCAAGUGAAACAAGAGGAGCGGCGACAAUAACAGGAACAGCGGCAACAACGAAUGGCAGCAGGAGAACAGGAGAGGACACAGAGACAACAACGACGACCAACAAAUUACGCCAACUGCUUUUGUUGGUGCAGCAGCAGAUGCCUUUUGCUCUGUGGAGCUUUCCGGUCCAUCAAAUUUCCCAUCAUCGUCAGAAUGCAGUGAAGAAGGAGAACCAGAAGCAGCAGCAGCAGCAACAGCAGCAGCACCAACAGCCUCAUCAUCAUUCUCAGGUUGCCGCCACAUCAUCCUCCACAUCCACAAUGGCUGCCGUCGUUGCGUGAUAAUGAUAAUGCUGGGAAUAUUCAACCAGCACCCAGGCCACUCCGGCGCCCCGAGAAAUGACUGUGGACACUUUUUACUUGCCACACCAUGGGCAUCACGGGGGCGUAGAGCCAAAGGGUGGACGGAUGAAAAAGUGUGCUGCUGUAUACCAUGUACAUAUUUGUGUACAUAUUUGUAACUACGAUUAGCUUUUAGCCCAUUUGAGUUGUACGCUUAUGCAGGAUUUCGUUGAGGCUUAGGUUUAGGUUAGAUAUUCUAAUUAUCAUAAUUAAAUGUAGCCCACAAAGAGCUCGUUGAACGUGGGAUUCCCUACCCUGCUAUCACUGAUUUUAUACUCACACCUAAGAAUUUACUUUGCGCUACUUUAAAUAAUAUUUCCCUCAUAAUUCUUUUAAUAAUUCUUUACUAAAAAUUCAUUUUCCUUGUUCGUUGCUUGCAUUUUAUUUUUACUAUCAUAACUUUGUUACGUUGAAUUUCCAAACAUUUCUCUCAAUUUUACAGUUCCUACUAAAAGUUCUGAUUCUCAUUAAAUAAUUUACAAGUUCACUUCGCACUUUUUCUCAGCAGUUUAGUUCGGGCUGCCUUUUCGGAGAUUUGUAUUUCAUUUGCACGUACUCAUAAAUGAAGCCUGACUAGAUCUAGGCUUUUUCCACUCGUAUUCCGCUGAGCUAAAGAGUAUUAUAAUUAUAGGAAUAUAAAUAAAUUAAAUGUGGCCUUAGCAUGUUUUAUGAGCGCAGGAAGGAGAAACCAAACUAAGUGCUCAUACAAGAAAUCGGGAAAACAAAACCAAUAGGAAAUAUGAUACGGGAAAUUCCACUAACCAAAACGACUGCCGCAAGAAAAGCUUUUUUAUUAUAUACUUUCAAAAAUGGCUGUUUGAGAAUCCCUAUCGCAUUUCUACUUCUUUUCCACUCUUCCUUCUAGUACAUAUGUAGUCCUUUACACCCUCUUUACACAUAUGUAUGUAGGUAACUGCCUCUUUGCCUUUGACUUGUCAUCUUUUCCACUUUUCCAAACCAAAGGAUUACCUUGCAAGAGGAUCGAAGAGAGCCUCGAGCACAUUGAUUGAAACCAAUAAUAAAAUAUACCAAGAACAAUAAUCUAUUGUAUAAACUUCGAACCUAGUCUACUUAGAGUCUUAGAAUGGCAUAUUUUCCUACAAGCAUACUACAAAAUAAAAUUGUGUAACAUGUUUCGACAAGAAAAACAAACGGUGAUAAUAAUUUUUUCUACCACAUAGAAACGCAACUCCUUGACUCACUGUAAAAACUAUAAUGGAAAUGAAUUUGAUCUGAUCCAG